AUGGAAAUCUUGUUGGAGAACAAUGAUGAUACUGUUGUACUGAAAGACGGAGUCGAGAUUCCAAAGGUAAAACCCUAUGUUCCUAUUUUGAAAGAUCGAAACGGAAGUGAAUAUCUUCGAAAUGAGGAACUGUUCCGCGGAAAAUUUCUUGUCAAAGGAUUGAUCGGACGUGGUGGUUACGGUCAAAUCUAUUAUGGUUCCGACGCCACUUUUCCCGAAGACGUCGUCAUUAAAAUUGAACCAGUUAUCAGAAACGGAAAGACUGGAAGACGAAUGCUUCUAGAACAAAAGAUUUUGUAUCGUCUUCAAGGAAGACCUCAUGUUCCAAUUAUGUGUGCUUCUGGACAUACCGAUCAUUUGAAUUUUAUUGUAAUGCAACUAUUGGGCCCAAACAUUGGAGACUUGAAGAAAAGAAGUCCAGUGAGACGUUUGAGUUCAACUACAGUAGCCAGAAUCAUGAUUCAAGGAAUUGCUGCACUUCGAGAUGUCCACUCUCUUGGAUAUAUUCAUCGAGAUGUUAAACCAGCUAAUAUGUGUUUUGGAGUUACUCAAAAUACUCGUCACGUGCUGAAACUAGUCGACUACGGUAUGGUUCGAAGAUACAAGAAUUCCGAUGGGAAUCGUCGGAAACCGAGAUAUCGACCUGGAUUCAGAGGAACUCUUCGUUAUUCAUCUGUUCGAGUUCAUGAUGGAAAAGAACAAGUUCCUUCGGAUGACUUUGUUUCGAUGGCGUAUUCUGGAGCUGAGUUGCUACUCGUCAACUUGCCGUGGAAACUUGUGUCAGUUGAGGAAAUCAGACAAACAAAAUUGGAUUUUCACACCCCGAAUUCUCCGUUUCUCAUGCUAACUGGUCCGUAUUUCUCAAUGUUCUGCGGAGCAAUUUUCAGUCUUCGUUCCCAAGAUGAACCAGAUCAUUCCUCAUUGCAAGCUCUUCUUUUGGAAAUGACAGGUGGAAAAUCAUUGAGAGAAGCCUACGACUGGGAAGAGAAUUAUCGUGAUGCGCUAGGAAGUAAGUGA